AUGAAUACUUCUUAUCAUUUGAAUGUAACAAGUAUAGAAUCAUCAUUAAAAAGAAAAGUAUUUUAUAUUGUACUAACUGUAGUGAUAGUUAUGCUUACAUUUCAAUUCUUCGAUUCAUCAAAUCAAAAGUUUAUUCAAUCACAAAAUAUCGUUUAUACUAAUUUAUUUAAAAUAUUAAAACGAACUUCAGUAAAAAAUACAACUGUGAAAACUUCAAUAACAACAACACAAACAACAACAAUAACAGCAACAACACCGGCAGCUACAACAACUACCAUUUCAACAAUUACAUCACUGACAAGUUUGCAUAUUACACCCCUAAAAAAUUCAUCGAAUGUUUCGAUAACAGUAGCGACACUCGCCUCUCAAACACUUUCAACGACGACGGCAACAACAACAAAUUUCGAUGAAGUUUUAUGUGAUAAUAUUACCGGAUCUAAAACUAUCAAUAUGUCAGACAAUCCAUGUGAACGGAUACGCUGUAAUAUAUUAUUACGUCAAAGUGGCGGUCGUCUAGGUAAUCGUAUGUUUAUGUUUGCCAGUGCGUAUGGUUUAGCCCGGGCUCAAAAUUGUCGAUUAUUUGUAGCACAACCUAUUCUUAAAGAGCUUUCGAGUAAUUUUCAAAUGAAACCUAUAGAUAAAAAGAUGUUAUUGCCAGCUGAAGAAGUCAAUAAAUUAAAAGCUAUUAGCCAACAACUUAGUAUUUGUGAAUUUUUACCUAAAAUGUUAAUACCACAUGUAUUUCAUACACUUGAAAUUUUUGGUUACUGGCAAUCCUAUUUAUAUUUUGAUGCCUAUCGGGAAGAAAUUCGUGAAUUUUUCAGCUCUCGAGAUGAUACAUUAAGUCGAUUAUCAGCCUAUUUAACUAAUAUGACAGUAGUUAUUUGUCCACAAUGCCCAAGUUUACCUACGAAAACACAUCGAGAACUUCGGCAAGCUUUUCAAAAUCGUUAUAAUGUAACAUGGAUAAGUAUUCAUAUACGUCGCACGGAUUUUCGUGGUCUUGGCUAUUCAUCUGAUGAUAGUUAUAUUCGUCGUGCAAUGAAUAUUUAUCGAAGGCGUUAUCAUAAUUUUGAUGUUCGUUUUCUUGUUGCAAGUGAUGACAGACCAUAUUGUCAACAAAUAUUUGAAGGAGACAUAAAAGCUAGAAAAGUUUUUGUACUUCCAUCGAGAUUUUCACCAGGCGAUGAUUUGAUGGCAUUAACAUUAUGUCAUCAUGCAAUAGUUACAGGUGGUACUUAUGGAUUUUGGGCUGCUUAUCUUGGAGGCGGAGAAGUUAUACAUGAUAUUCGAUAUAAAGCUGGAUGUUCACAAAUGGAAUAUUAUCCGCCAUGGUUUAUGCUGAUAGGACCACUUCCUAAUAGAAAUGAUAAAGCGUCGAAAACUUAG